UCCCAACUGAAUAAGAAUGAAAAGAGUCAAUAAGUUGCAACUCGUGAAAGGCAAAGCAGUUGAGGCGGAUGAUGUAUUUGAUUAGAUUAUAGUAUAUCAAAAGAAUUACUAAAAGAAAUUGUUUGGAAAUAAUAAGUACUCCUUUGCGAUGAUGUCCAAAUCCAAUACAAACAACUCCCGCCUCCUCCACAGCCGGCCAGCACCAAUAUUUUCAAAUUUUGCAAAGUAAGUGCAAACUUCACUACGUAUUACUAUUUUGUUGAUUGAAAGCAUGAAUCCUGUUUUUUUGGUGCUUAGUUUCUUGAUUCUUGAUGUUUCUGGUUUGAGUUCGGACGGGUUAGCUUUAUUAUCCCUCAUCACCCACUGGACAUCUGUCCCUCUUUCUCUAACCUCUAGCUGGAAUCCUUCUGAUUCCACCCCUUGUUCAUGGCUUGGCAUUCACUGUAGUAAUACCACCCAUCACGUCACCUCUUUAAGUCUUCCUGGUUAUCAAAUUUCUGGUCAAUUAGGGCCCCAAAUUGCACGCCUAACCCAUUUGAAAACCCUUAAUUUAAGCAAUAAUAGUUUCUCUGGCGCCAUUCCCUCUCACCUCAGUAACUGUUCUCUCCUUCAAACACUCGAUCUUUCUCAAAAUUUCUUUGUUAGAGACAUACCUUAUAGCUUACAAAACCUGCACAAUCUGAGGAUGCUCAGUCUUCAUACUAAUUUGUUGAGUGGAGCAAUUUCUGACUGGCUCUUCCAAAUUCCACGUUUACACACUAUUUUCUUGGAUCACAACACCUUCGGUGGUUCAAUUCCUAGCAAUGCUGGAAACUCGAGUGAGCUAUUGUAUUUAUGGUUAGAGUAUAACGAGCUGGUAGGUGUAAUUCCUAAUUCAAUAGGGAACUGCAGUCAACUAGCAGAGCUUAAGUUGAAUAAUAAUGCUCUCCUCGGGGUUUUACCCGAAUCUCUCAAUAAUCUUGCUAAUAUUCUUCUUUUAGAUGUCAGCAAUAACAGUCUUGCGGGUCAUAUCAAUUAUGGUUCAGGCAACUGCAAGAAAUUGGAGUAUCUAUAUUUGUCAUUCAGUGGCUUUAGUGGGGUUCUGCCGCCGGAACUGGGCAACUGUAGUAGCUUAAAAGAGUUAGCCAUCGUUGCCAACCAGUUAACUGGUACUAUUCCUUCUUCUUACGGUCUGCUACGCAAGCUUUCGCUUCUUUACCUUACUGAAAACCGUUUGUCCGGAAGAAUUCCCUCCGAACUUGGGAAAUGCAAGUCGUUGAUAGAGUUGAAGUUAUAUAGAAACCAACUCGAGGGAGAAAUUCCCAGCGAAUUGGGAAUGUUGAGUGAACUACAGAACCUUGAAUUGUUUCGCAACAACUUAACUGGUGAGAUUCCAAUUAGCAUCUGGAAAAUCCCAAGUCUUAGACAUGUCCUUUUGUACUUUAACAACCUUUCAGGUGAACUGCCUUUAGAGUUGACAUUGCUCAAAAAUUUGGAAAGUAUUACACUGUUUGACAACAAGUUCUUUGGAGACAUACCUCAAGGUUUAGGAGUUAACAGCAGCUUAGAGAUAGUAGACCUAAUGAAUAAUGAGUUUACUGGUCAAAUUCCCCCACAGCUAUGUUUUAGAAAGCGUUUAAGAGUUCUGAAUUUGGGCCACAACCACUUCCAAGGUAGCAUACCAUCUGAUGUCGGGAACUGUCCGACUAUUUGGAGAUUGAUCCUUCGCCAUAAUAAUCUCUCGGGGGUUCUUCCAGAAUUUCCAGCAAAUCCAAGCCUUUCAUACAUGAAUAUUACUGAUAAUAACGUUACUGGAAAAAUUCCAUCAAGCCUGGGAAACUGCACCAAUCUCACUUCCAUCGACUUUUCAAUGAAUAAGCUUACUGGUUUUAUACCCCCAGAACUUGGUAAUCUUGUAAAUCUCACAGAAAUGAUUCUAGCACAUAACCAUCUGCAAGGUUGUUUUCCACCUCAACUAUCAACGUGGAAGAAAUUAGACAUAUUUGAUGCUGGUUUCAAUUCAUUUAACUGUUCCAUUCCGUUAAGUUUGAGUAACUGGACGAGUUUAUCUACUCUGAUUUUAGAAGAGAAUCAUUUUACUGGGAGCAUUCCGGCUUUUCUGUCGAAACUGAAAAAGCUAAGCCUAUUACGAAUGGGUGGAAACAAGAUGGUGGGAGAGAUACCCUCUUCCAUUGGAGAACUGAGGAAUCUGCGAUAUGGUUUGAGUCUCAGAGAUAACGGACUGCUCGGUCACAUUCCUCUGGAGCUUAUAGGUUUAACCAACCUGAUUAGUCUAGAUAUCUCUAGCAACAAUUUAACAGGAAGUUUAGAAGUUCUUGAUGAAAUGCAGUCACUGUCGGAAGUUAAUAUUUCUCACAACCUCUUUACUGGUCCAAUAUCCAAAAAACUGAUGGAAAUGCUAAAUAAAUCCCCGUCGUCAUUCUUGGGAAAUCCUGGCCUUUGUGUCAAUUGUUCAGUGUCAGGUGAUUUAAAUUGCACCGGAAUCAGUUAUUUUAGAAAAUGUGACAAUAAAUCCAACAGCGGUAAAGCUCUUAGUAGGGUGGAAAUCACAAUGAUUGCCCUGGGAUCCUCUUUAGGUCUCUGCUUGCUUCUUGGAUUGGCCUGUUUGUUUCUAUUUUGCAGGAAAGGACGUCAGGAGGAACUGGGUAGGCUUAUUCAAGAGGACGAUGAGCCUCGAUUCUGCCAGAUAAUGGCAGCCACUGAGAAUCUAAAUGACAGAUAUAUAAUUGGGAAGGGAGGUCAUGGAACUGUUUUCAAGGCUGUAUUGGGCCCAGACAAUGUGUUUGCAGUGAAGAAGCUUGAAUUUGCAGGGCAUAGAGAUGGAAGUCGAAGCAUGGUCAGAGAGAUUCAAACCAUCGAGAAGAUCAGGCACCGAAAUCUGGUCAAGGUGGAAGACUUUUGGUUUAAAAAGAAUUACGGAUUAAUUGUAUACAAGUACAUGGAAAAUGGGAGUCUUCAUGAUGUUUUAUAUACAACGAGUCCACCACAAAAGUUGGAAUGGAGCGUCCGCUAUAAUAUAGCACUUGGAACUGCCCAUGGAUUGGCAUAUCUUCAUUAUGAUUGUGACCCUUCUGUGUUGCACCGAGACAUCAAGCCACAAAAUAUACUUUUGGACUCUGAAAUGGAGCCUCACAUCUCAGACUUCGGUAUUGCCAAGCUUCUUGACUCAUCCACAUCAGCAGCAUCCGUCUCAGUUUCUGGCACAAUUGGAUAUAUUGCACCAGAAAAUGCAUAUACAGCAGGCAGGGGGAAGGAAUCUGAUGUUUAUAGUUACGGAGUUGUUUUGCUCGAGUUAAUAACUCGAAAAACGCCUUCAGAUAAACUAUUUACAGAGGAAAUGGAUAUUGUAAGAUGGGUUAGAUCUAUUUGGAGUGAAACACAAGAAAUCACCAGUAUUGUUGAUCCAAGUCUAUUGGACGAAACUGUGGAGUCGGAUAUUUCAGAACAAGUCACCUGCAUGCUUUUCAUUGCAAUGAAAUGCACCGAGAAGGAACCAAAAUAUAGACCAACAAUGAGAGCUGUUGUCAACCAAUUGCUAGACCUGAAGUCAUGAAUCAAUCUUUUUACAGAAACAGUCACAGAAAGAGUUCCAAUUUUCUACAUUUGAUUUUUAUCUAACUGUCAAUUCAUCACGAUUCUUCAUUUUCUGAAAUAACACACACAACCAUGUAGAUAACUUUGUGAUACUAUAUGAGUGUUAUGUACAUUAUGUAGUGGCUGGUUUCUCAUUAUGUCUUAAUUUUUGGGAUUUAUAUACACCAGCCGUACUCCAAUAACUGCAAAAAUGAAUUUGAAAUAUCUCAACUGCAGAGAGCUUUAUGUAUAGGGAAAAUUUAUAUUAGCGCCGGUCUCAACUUUUAUAAAUUCUGUCUGUUUUUUUUUUAA